AUCAUAGGCUAGUAUGUCCACAUUGCCAAGGGGAUUUCUGCGUAUUCAAGGCAUGUAAUUCUUAUGCAUGCAUAUCCAGUACAAUAAUCACGAAUCUGUGAUAAAGCUAUUCGAAUCGCACAUGAGCUAAAUCCUAAAUCCACGAACACAAUAUAUCCAGUGUGCGACGUUGCGGUACGGUUGUGGAGUCUCUGCAACGACGUAGCUGGUAAAUUUAUGAUUUAAGGCCACGAAAAAUGGAUUUGGGACGCAGAAAUCCCGAUUUGUAUGGUAGAGAUGGCUCGGAUCCUAGUUCCAACAACAUGCCGUUACAGUUCUCCAGCAGAAGCGGGCCCAAGAUCAUAGAGAAUUCUCGCGAUGAAGAACAAGACAUCCAAUCAUCAGACCGAGGAGGACGACGCUCAAGAAGAAGAAAAUCAACUCCAGACAGACAAAUGUGGGAAGAAGGUGGAGCCAUGGGUUACCAGGACAACCUCAUGAACAGUGCCCUCAUGAUGGGCGGCAGCGGGGGCAGUCCCGUAAUGCCAGGUCCAGAUUUUGGUGGCCUGGCAGCGGGUUACCCGUUCCCCUUGGAGGGACAGGACUACAUGCAAGGCGGUCCCAUGGGGGGCCAACCCAUGAUGCCUAUGGGAGGAUCAUUGAUGGGACCGCCCAUGGGGGGGCCCAUGGGCAUGGGGGACCUGUCCGGUAAUGGGCCCAGGAAACCGGUCCUGCACUUUGCUGAUUUCACCCUCUUUCCACCGACAGUGCACCAGGGUCCACCGCCAGUUGGAGAGCGCCCUCUAGGGUGCAAGACCAUCUUCGUCGGCGGUCAGCCUGAGAACAUGACGGUGGACAUGUUGCUUGAACUCUUCACCAAACACGGCGGAGAGGUCAUCAACAUCCGACAAGGAAAGAGAAACUUCUGCCACGUUCGCUUCAAGGAAGAGAUGUCCAUAGACAAGGCCAUGUUUGUUUCAGGCUACAGAGUGCGGAUUGGUGCAAACAUCGACCCACCCAACAACGGCCGUCUUCGGUUAGACUUUGCAGAGAAUCGUGACGACCAGUACGAGUUUGAAUGUGAUCAGCGGCGCAGGGCCAGAGAGGCAAGGCAUGCUAGUAAAACAAACAUUGUUGUACCAGAGGAACCGGCCGUCACACCGAGGUACUCACACAUUGAGAGCUCCAACCUGCUUGCAAAAGUCAAAGAUGGUGAGACAUUCCCUCAAGCCGCUAACAUGCUCAUCACUUGGCUAGAGAGAGGGGAGUGUGACAAGAGAAAUUCAACUCAGUUCUACAACUUGGUCAAGUCGGCACACAUGCAUGUGAGACGGCUGAUUGGUGAGAAAGCUCAGUGUGACCUGAACCUCAAUCAGAUACAACAGCAGUUCAGGAUGCAGGUCAUUGGCCUCAUUACACAAUACACGCUGAUCGAGCAGGUAUUAAUGAGUGCAUGUAAGCAGAAGGUCUGGGAUCAUUUUACCAAGGCACAACGGAAAAACAUUGAAGGCUGGAAGCAACAGACUAAGGAGUUGCGUCAGCAACAGCAAGAGGAGCUAGGAUUGGGUGAGAAAGGGGAGGCAGAGAUGGACAUGUCAGAUGAAGAAGACCAAAGUGGGACUCACAACGAGGCAAAGCGCCAACGGACAGACACUCCCACCUCAGAUUCCUCCUCGAAAAAUCAGUCGAUACCUCCAGCUCAGACCGAUGACCAGCUCCAGCUUCAGGUCCAGGCGCUGAUGCAUCAGAACAAUGUCCUGCGCAACCAGUUGGAGUCUCAGAAAUCCAAGGAUGAAUCUACCAUUCUGGCCCCGCCCGGGACCACGCCCACCACCGUGCCGAUCGCUAACGAGGAGAUGGAAAUGCAGAUCAAAGCACUGCAACAUUCUCUUCUUAGUAUGCAACAGCAACUUCAAGAUACUAAGAACAAAUGGAAGAAAGAAGAAUCAAUGCGGAAAGAAACAGAGGAUAGACUUCAAUCGGUAGAAGCACAGUUAUCGAGCAGGAGUGACCCGGUGCCUACGAAAGCGGACACAGAUUUGACCCUUGACCCCAAGAAGGCUGACAUGAUAGCACUACUGAGCAUCUUUCUUCAUGUCCACCCGUUCGGUGCAUCAACGGAAUACCUAUGGUCCUACAUGCAGCGUAUCAACCCAUCGGUGACCAUCCCGGAGAUUGAAGCGCUACUGAACUCCUACCCAACCAUAUUCAGGCAGGACCUCUUCGGGGUCGGUGCCUCGCUCGAGAAGCGGUGGCGCUACACAGCCUUCUCGAAAUUUUACGACCUAAAAUUGGAUAAUAAUAGUUCAUGAGGAUGUUUUGAUGGGAUACAGAGAGAGGAACUGAGCCAUGAGGACUUAGCUGUUGAAGCGUAACUUGAAUUUGGGGUCAACAUUUGAACUUUUGGAAGGUCAGAGUUUUGUAUGUGGCCUUGUUAUUGUGAUUCUGUGUCAUUUGAAAUACUGCAAAGCUGUGUACAUGACCAGCUAUCUUUGCAACGGUUUCUAGAUUCUUCUGUGAUUCCAUCUCACAAAAACAAGCUUAUGAUUAGUCCAAAGUUGGUUUAGGAUUAC